GCUGUUUGCCACCUCUCUCUUUCUCUGCUUCUCUCUCCUUUCUUCUUUUGUGAUUUAUCAUCAAUACUCUCUGCCUUGGAAGUCUGUUUUUUUUCAGUGCCCUGGGUUUUCUUUUUCUUUUCUCUUGAUGGGUGCCAGUUUCUCUCUUUCGUUCACCGACCAAGAUGGUUUUUCAUCUUCAUCGUCACAAAGUUUGGGGGAUUUACCAGAGAGCUGUGUGGCAUCGAUUAUUGGGUAUUUGGAUCCUCCACAAAUAUGCAAGUUGGCAAAGUUGAACAGAGCGUUUAGGGCCGCUUCUUGGGCUGAUUUCGUUUGGGAAUCGAAAUUGCCACCGAAUUAUGAAACCCUUGUCGGUGAAGUUCUGAGCUUUGUGCCUGAGAAGUUGGGUAAAAGAGACAUUUAUACGAGACUCUGUAGAGUUAAUACCUUUGAUGGUGGCACCAAGAAAAUAUGGCUGGAUAAGAGCACAGGCGGUGUUUGUAUGUCGAUAUCUUCAAAGGGUUUACAGAUAACAGGGAUUGAUGAUCGAAGAUAUUGGAAUCAUAUUCCUACUGAAGAAUCUAGGUUCGGUUCCAUUGCAUAUCUUCAGCAAAUCUGGUGGUUUGAAGUUGAUGGAGAGGUGGAAUUUCCGUUUCCUCCAGGGACAUAUAGCGUAUUUUUCAGACUGCAGCUAGGUCGUGCCGCGAGGAGGUUCGGUCGCCGAAUCUGCAACUCCGAGCAUGUCCAUGGUUGGGAUAUAAAACCCGUAAGGUUUCAGCUAUGGACAUCGGACGGUCAGUACGCCACAUCUCAGUGUACAGUGAGUGAUCCGGGGGAAUGGUUUCACUACCAUGUGGGGGACUUCAACGUCGAGAACUCGAAUUCAUCGACUAGGAUUAAGAUAUCGAUGACUCAAAUUGAUUGCACACAUACAAAGGGUGGUCUUUGUUUAGACUCGGUGGUUAUAUACCCAAGUAAAUUUAGAGAAAGGUUAAAGCAGAGAGGAUAUUUAAAAUGUGCUAAACCCAUGUAGUUACAAGUUAGGUUUUUGUAGAGCGGUUUACGCAUAUGGAAUGAGAAUGUAAUCAACUUCUCAGGGGUUUAGAUACUCAAAAUGAGUCAAUUUUGUGCAUAAA